UCCAACCAGAGUUACUUCCCCUCCGUAAAACACACGCAUAUCCAAGAUGGCAGACCCAGAGACGACCGAAGCUGGUGACAAAGUCCCGGCCAAAUGUGUCUUCUGUGACAUCUGCUCGGGACGGAGCGACAAGGAGAAAGUUUUAUACGAGGACACCGAUGUCGUCGUAUUCCCAGAUAUUCGACCAGUGAGUAGUCACCAUUAUCUUGUUACCCCAAAGCAACAUAUACGAGAUGCAAAACACCUAACAAGCGAGAAUAUUGGACUUGUGGAGAAGAUGGUCAAUGUUGGGAAACAGGUGUUGGAAGAGAAAGGAGGCAACGUGGAUGAUAUAAGGAUGGGUUUCCAUUGGCCCCCGUUUCAUAGUGUUAACCAUCUUCAUCUUCACGUUAUUUCUCCACUCAAAGAAAUGAGAUCUUUGUCUCGAGCCAUGUUCAAACUCAACUCCUUUUGGUUCGUCAGUCCAGUUUGGGUCCUUGCCAGACUGAAGAAUUCCGCUGCAAAACAAGCCGGAAACUAACAAGUUUCCUCAUGAUGACGAUGAUGAUGAUGAUGGUGAUGAUGACGAUGACGACGAUGAUGGUGGAGGUGGAAAACGAUGUCAGUGACGAUGAGAUGAUGGUGAUGCCGUAAAAUAAACACAUGAAACUCCACCUUGUUUUAUGUGUGCGUGUCUGUGUUUGUGUGUGUGUGUGUGUGUGUGCGACUUCUUUUUGUUUGAAGCCUUUUACAUAUCGACUUUCAGUUCAGUAGACUGUGGCCAUGCUGGUGCAAUCGCUGUCAUUUGUUAUUGUUUAGUGUUCAUCAAGACAGGAAAAAAAAAAACCCAACAAAAAAACCCCCCAGACAAACGCCUCUUUCUCCCCCCACUCGUCUCUACUUUCACUUUCCUAUUUAUCUCACCCCCACCGCUAUCACCCCUACCCCCACUGCAGUUUCCCACCACCACCACCACCACUAUUGCUGCCUCUGAUGCUGAUGCUAUGACCGCCGCCAACACCUCUACCGUUGCCGUUGUCACCGCUGCCAUCGCCUACCACCAUCCGCCUCCACCAUCGAUGACAUCCAGUUCUGCCUAACCAUAUCUGCAUUGCAUACACACAUACAUAUUUACACCUACCCCCAUACAUAUCCACAUGUCUAGCUCUCUCUCACACAUACACACAUACAUAAAAAUAUACUUGGUAUAUUACAUGCUUAUACAAAUGUGUAUAUAUGUAUGUGUGUAUAUAUCUAUAUACACAUAUUUAUACAUACACAUAUACCCACAUAUAUAUAUAUACAUAUAUAUAUGUGUGUCCUAUAGCAGACAUGGAAAAUCUUUUUCGAGAAGUGGGCUCACCAUCAAACAGGUCACACUACAAAAAUAAUUCAAGAUAAUUUUUCAUUAGGCACACCAUUCAGAAAGUCUCAUGGCCCAAGGGCCGCAUUUUUGCCCACGACUAUUCUUUAGUAAAAUUUCCACUUGUAAUUGUUGACUCAGUUCAAGAAACGUUGUUUCAAAUAUUUCUAAUCCUCUUCUGUUUUUCAACUCUUUGCUGCCUCAUCUACCUUUUUUUUUCUUUUCUCUUCCUUCCUCUUAAUGUUGUCUCCGAAUUCACUAUCUGUCUCUCUUAAUUUUCAAUUUUAUCUCCUGCUGUUUUUUCUUCUUCUCCUUUAACUACUAUAAUAAUAAUAAUAAUAAUAAUAAUAAUAAUGAUUGUUUACUGUCAAUGUCGCAGAUGAGAGGAAGAACAGUUACAAAGAUAAUGAUUAGGGAUUUACAUAGAAAAAUUGAAUGAGGGUAAUAAUAAUCAUGAUAAUGACUCUCCUAAUUAAUUCUCCUAAUUAAGUUCAGCCCUUCAGCAUUUGGGUUACUAUCAAAUGUGUUAUUUAUUCACAUUGUUUUGAAUUAAUCAUGCAUUAUCUUAUGACUUUGAGAUAUCAAUGACGUGAUUAUUUUAUUUUUUGAGGAUGAUAUUGUUGGCCAGGUAUGAGAGGUUGGAUCUGGCCAGUUUCAGUUUGAACAUAAAUGAUGCAGAAUAUUUUGUCCAGAUACGGUCUAAAUACUUUCAAUGAUGCGAUUGUUUAUUUUUUUUAGGAUGACAUUGUUGGUUAGGUACGAGAGACUGGAUCUUGCCAGUAGUUUGACCAUAAAACAGGCAGACUAUUUUGAUCAGAUUGUUUUAAAUGUUAAAGGUUUAAGCAAUUAAUUUUGAGGGCAAGGGCCGUUAGAUGAUAAAUUGACUUUAGCACUUGAGUGAUACUUGAUUUAAACAACCCCAGUGGGAUGAAAGUUGAUGUUGAUGGGAUUUGAACCCACAAUGUAAAGAUUUGGAAGAUACUGUUUGGCACUUUUUCUGAUAGUCUAAUGCAGUGGUUUUCAACCAGGGUUCCGCGGAACCUUAGGGUCCCGCCAGUACAGUCCAGGGGUUCCGCAAGAAGUUACAAAACUGUUAAAAUCGGCAGUAAUUUUUAAUUCUUCUGUGCAAAUAUGUGUGCAUAAGACUAUUAAAUUAUUGCACAGGGGUUCCUCGACCCAGUAGAAUGUUUCCUUGGGGUUCCGCUCCAGCCAAAAGUUUGAAAAGCACUGGUCUAAUGAUUCCACCAGCUUGUGGUCUUAAUGAUAGUUUAUUAUAUAAAUCUACCAUAAACUAUAAGUUUACCAAGAGAUGACCAGAUAGUAUAUAUUAUAUGGCUGACAUAAUUUUCCAUGAAACCAAAAUGCGUAAUUUAGAAUUUGACAUUGCUGUACCAAAUGAAUGUAACAUUGCAUAGAAACAAACUGAAUGGUGAAAGAAUUCUUCCAAGUAACUCAUCUGUGAAAUUAAUGGUAUUCAUGUUAAGAUAUAUGUCUGUCAUUUGUAUUUAGUACAACUGGAAAGGUACACAACCAUUUAUGUAAAGAUCUCGACAGAUUACCUGUGAAAAUGGACAUGGGCAUGUUCGAGAAAAUAACAAUGCUGGCUCUGUGAACAAAAUUUAGGGCAUUCUUGUACAAAAUUUGUUAACUUUUACAUUUGUUGUAUGCAUGUUUUUCAAGAUAUAUUUAAUUUCUUUUGAUGUAUUGAAGGAAAUUUUUGAAGUUGAUUCUGAAAGCAUGAAUAAUAGUUGUUAAUGGUUAUGAUAUAAACUGAAAAAAAAAGAAUUAAAAAAAAGAGAAUGAGAUGGAAGUGUCUGUUAGAGAAGUUUAAAAGAAAUGUGACACAAGAUUAUCUGAUUGUUGUGAUAUGUGGGAAUAAUAGCAUUCAUUUACCUCUGACCUUCCAUCCAAAAGAGAGAAGAAAAUAUUUGCUUGAAAUCUUUAA